GCAAGGGCGGCUGGCAGCUGCGUGACGUUUUUCGUAGAAGACAUUUAAGCUUUUAUCUGUGUGUGACUUUGUGGCUGCACCUCCUUUGGCCAUCAUGGCGUUUACCAAUGUUCACUUGCAACAUGCGUCCAUAUCGCAUGCGUCUUCAUCUCGCAUUACGAUUGUGACACGGGCUGUGGCAGCCCCAACUCGUCCUGUAAAGUCCGCCGUCCCUGAAUUGCUUGACGGACGGCUUGCGGAGCAAGCAUCUGUUAAUUUCCAGGAGUAUACGCAAGCCACCCAAAUGCUCAACCGGCUGAAGGGCCAGGCUUCUGACCUAGAACUGCUGCUGGACCAGUUGAAUGCACUUGAGGCCAGCCUGGACGAUAAUCUUCUGGCUCCACCUGCCCUAGAAGAGCCAGAUGAUAGGGCUGCACGACAAGCAAAGCGUGCGGCGAGGCGUGCCGAACGCAGGGCAAGGGCAACCACGGCAGAAGUCAUGCAGGCUGCGGUUCCAUCCACGGAUGCAUUCCGGGCCGUGGCCAAGCAGUCCGAUAGUCACACCCACAGCGCCCCUUCCAGCUCUGCCACGUCCAAAAAGAAUGGCACUCGCGUGGCGCUGGGUGCCUCAGCAGCUAACAACUGCACGGUCAGUGAUGUCCAACACCUGGAGGAGCUUUUCAAGUUGACUUUUGGCGAGCCGGAGCUGCCGCUUGCGGCGCCUGCGGCACCGCAGAAGGCGGCAUCCGAAGCGGCGGUUUCACCACCUGCGUCGGGGCCGCUGCUCAGGCCACGGAAGGUUGCCAAGAAGUCAGCCGCCGCUGCAGGCCAACCUGAGGCGCCUGCGGCACAGGCCGCACCGCCGCCGCGCAGUGAAACGACUUCUAUCUCACAGACCCUGGAGCGUCUCUUCCAACACGAUUUUUCGUAUGAUGAUGGGGACUUUUUGGGGAUGGCAGAUAAAGAAGAGCACGUUAUGCCUUCUGACGAGGAUCUUCGCGCUUUGGAGGGCCAUAUUGAAGACCUGUCGAUUUCCCUGGAUGACAAUGUGCAGCACGGACACGGAGAAGUUUCUGGCUCUCGAGAGCUUGAGCGAGCUGCGCUGGCGCCGCGGGCCGCGGAACAGGUGUCCAUCUUGUCAGCGGGGCCAUCCCUGCUAAACCUGGUCCAUUCGUCGGCGGCGCCAGGGCGAACCGCGCGCGGCCGCCAGGCGCGCCGCAGCGCUCGCCUCCAGCCUGGACGCUCAGGCCGAUCCGCUGCCGGUGCGGCUGCAUCAGCGGCUGCGAACGUGCGCGGCAAGGCAGCUGGAAAUGACGGCACGGAUCAUUUCCUGCAUUCAUCUGCAAACGUAAACAUCCUUUCCCCGGAGGCAGAGCUGGAGGUGACGGAGAUGUGCCAGGACUUCUUGUUCCUGGAGAAGGUCAAGCGGCAGUGCGAGAAAACCCUGCACCGGAAGCCCACAAACGAUGAGUGUGCAGCGGCGGUUGGCAUGGACGUAAUGGCUUACAACAUGCGAUACGACGCCGGCCUGAAGGCUAAGGAGUUGCUGCUAAAAUCCAACUACCGUCUGGUCAUGACGGUAUGCAAGCGAUACAUUGGGAAAGGCAUGCACCUGCAGGACUUGGUUUCGGAGGGCGUGAAGGGGCUUUUACGUGGCGUUGAGAUGUACGACGCCAGCCGGGGCUUCCGCUUCGGCACUUACGCUCACUGGUGGAUCCGACAGGCCGUAUCUCGGUCCAUGGCGGAAACGGGCCGAGCAGUCAGGCUGCCUGUCCAUAUGAUCGAGCAGCUAACUAAGCUGAAGAACGCCACGGCAGCGCUCGCCAUGGAGCUCAACCGUGAGCCCAGCGUGGAGGAGAUGGCGGAGGCGGUGGGACUGCCGCCCAGCCGCGUGGAGCUGUUGCUGGACGCAGCGCGCGCCGCAUCCUCGAUGGAGUCUGCCAUUGGCGGCGACGACGGCCUCACGAUUAAGGACGCGGUGCAGGAUGAGCGGAUGGCCGCGGAUGAGGCGUUUGGCAGUGACAGCAUGCGCGCAGAUGUGGAAUCGAUGUUGGAAGGUCUGAGUGAUCGGGAGGCAUGCGUGCUGCGGCUGCGCUUCGGCCUCGAAGACGGCGUGGAGUGGACGUUGGAGGACAUUGGCAGCCGGCUGGGGGUGACGCGCGAGCGCAUCCGGCAGCUGGAGGCCAAGGCGUUGCGAAAGCUGCAGGUCAAGACGAUUGACGUGACCGGCAAGCUCAAGGACUACUCGGAGAAUCUGAGCCUGAUGGAGAGCAAGGAUACGGCAACGCGCACGUCCUCGGGCACGCGCAAGACCUAA